GUAUAUUACUGUUCCUUUACUAUAACGGCGUAAAUCCUCUCUCGCACUCACUUACCCAAGAACUCAACGUUACGUCACCGUUCGAUAUCGCGAUGCUUCAGACCGCACCUAUGCUUCCGGGCCUUGGGCCACACCUCGUCCCGCAAUUGGGAGCCCUGGCCAGCGCUUCUCGUCUUCUGGGCUCCAUAGCUUCGGUUCCGCCCCAGCACGGUGGUGCUGGCUUCCAGGCUGUCCGGGGAUUCGCCACGGGCGCCGUGAGCACGCCUGCUGCCAGCUCCCCCGGCCACAAGCCCGCUGCCACGCAUGCGCCGCCCACCCGCCUGGACCUCAAGCCCGGCGCCGGCUCCUUCGCCGCCGGCGCCGUGGCGCCCCACCCCGGCAUCAACCCAGCCCGCAUGGCCGCCGACAGCGCCUCCGCGGCCGCCGGUGCCUCUGGCGACGCGGCUCUGGCGGAGUCGUAUAUGGCGCACCCGGCCUACAGCGACGAGUACGUGGAGAGCGUGCGGCCCACACACGUCACCCCGCAGAAGCUGCACCAGCACGUGGGCCUGCGCACCAUCCAGGUCUUCCGCUACCUGUUCGACAAGGCCACAGGCUACACGCCCACCGGCUCCAUGACCGAGGCCCAGUGGCUGCGGCGCAUGAUCUUCCUGGAGACGGUGGCGGGCUGCCCGGGCAUGGUGGCGGGCAUGCUGCGCCACCUCAAGAGCCUCAGGUCCAUGAGCCGCGACCGGGGCUGGAUCCACACGCUGCUGGAGGAGGCCGAGAACGAGCGCAUGCACCUCAUCACCUUCCUGCAGCUGCGGCAGCCCGGACCCGCCUUCAGGGCCAUGGUCAUUCUGGCGCAGGGGGUGUUCUUCAACGCCUACUUCAUCGCCUACCUGCUGUCGCCGCGCACCUGCCACGCCUUCGUGGGUUUCCUGGAGGAGGAGGCUGUCAAGACAUACACACACGCUCUCGUGGAGAUUGACGCGGGCCGGCUGUGGAAGGACACGCCCGCCCCCCCGGUGGCCGUGCAGUACUGGGGCCUCAAGCCCGGUGCCAACAUGCGCGACCUGAUUCUGGCGGUGCGUGCCGACGAGGCGUGCCAUGCGCACGUGAACCACACCCUGUCGCAGCUCAACCCCAGCACUGAUGCCAACCCGUUCGCCACCGGCGCCAGCCAGCUGCCCUAGGCGCCAGGUACCAGGCGCUAGGCACUGUGCAGCUGCCCUAGGCACGGCAGUAUGACAGUGUCAGGGAUUGAGCCCGUGCUGUAACGCAUGCUGAUGCCCCAUGUACGGAUGAAGCAUGGGUGUUACGGUAGCUGGUGCCGGUCCUGCAAGGGCCAUGUGACAAUUGGUUAUUUGCAGACAAAUGAGUGAAAGUCGGAUAUGGUUCCAAUAAACGGCAUACUAGUCAUCAGCCGCAUGGUGCAUGACAGGAAUGUGACAGGCAGCAAUUGCAGCAUUUAGUAGAGAGCCGCGAAAUUUGUAUGCUUAUGUGUGUGUGCAUGUGUGUCUAGAGGUGAUUCGUGUGCCUGGGCUUGUUGUUGUGUGCCCUCUAGCCGCAUGUGACGCGGCACGCGCGCCAUAUAGCCGACUGACCAGACCGACGUGGCGAUCAGUCAUUGCAAGUGCACAUGCGCGCGCUGGCUUGUUGCUUCUAAGCUUGUUGCGAGGACUUUGAAGUGCUAUUCGUGAGACUUGGAUCUGUGUGCCUGGAGUGAGGCCGUUGCGCCCGUUAGAGCGACGGCUUCGUGAGGUGAACGUAGAUACCGGCCCAGGCGCAGUUGUGCACCAAGGUGUGCACCUAAUUUGGUGAUACUUAGGUCCCGGUCUAGCCAUACCUUCAGUCCCACACUCCUACAGUGGCCUGGAUUGAUGAGAGAGCAUGUCUGUAUGCCGCGAUUUCGCAGAGGUAUUAGUAGCUGCUGCCCGUCACUGCACCAAGGACCACGCGUGUAUGCCGUGAGGCGUGAGCUGGAGUUGGCGCUGCAAGUUGCACGCAAGCGCCCUGCGCCCUGUCUGGAGAAAAGUGUAAUGCUUUGAGAAU